UUCAAGUACACUUCCCCUGUUGUUGUCUUUUGUAUCCAUCAGAAAUCACUGCAUCAUGGAGAUCCUCGACCUGGUCGUGAUUGGAGCCGAGAUAGGCUGGAGUGGCCUCGCGGCCCUAAAAACAUAUCACCAGGUACAUCCCUCGGCGACAUUAUGCUUACUCGAGAGUGCCUCAUCAGUCGGGGGUGUCUGGGCAAAGCCGCGACUUUGGGAUGGCCUCAAAUCCAACAAUAUGCGCGGGACGUAUGAGUUCUCCGACUUCCCGAUGGAUGAUUCGUUCGGGGUGAAGCCGGGGGAGCACAUCCCGGGCCACAUCAUUCAGAGCUAUCUCGAGCGAUAUGCGGAGCACUUCGGGGUCGCGCCCUUGAUUCGUCUCAAUUCCCGUGUACAGGUCGUCGACCACCAUCGUCCCGACGGCUCCUGGGCCCUGACGUAUCUCGAUAUGGCGACCGGGGAGACGAAGGAGGUGCUCAGUCGCAAGCUGAUUAUCGCCACGGGAAUCACCUCGCAGCCCUACCGUCCCGCGAUCCGGGGCGAGGAAAGCUUCGACCGUCCGCUUUUCCACAGCAGCGAGCUCCCCAAGUAUCACCAGAGCGUCCUGCGACAGCCCAGCAACCACAUCGUCGUGCUGGGCGGCACCAAAUCCGCCUGGGACGCCGUCUACACGGCCGCGACGGCCGGCGCCACGGUUGACUGGAUCAUCCGCGACAACGGCCACGGCCCCGUGUGGAUGGCGCCUCCGUACGUGACGCCGCUGCACCGGUGGCUGGAGAAGCUGGUCACGACGCGGCUCCUGAGCUGGUUCAGUCCGUGUAUCUGGACCGACCCGGUCGCCGACGGGGGGUCGCGCGUGCGAUCCUUCCUGCACGGCACCUGGCUGGGCCGCAAGAUCACGGACGCCUUCUGGUCCCUGCUGGCCAACGACGUCGUGACGCGGAACCGGCUCGCGGCGCACCCGGAAACCGCCAAACUGACGCCCUGGAUCUCGCCGUUCUGGGUGGCCUCGGGCCUCAGCAUCCUCAACUACCCGACGAACUUCUUCGACCUGGUCACCUCGGGCCAAGUGCGCGUCCACAUCGACCACAUCGCGCACCUGAGCGCCCACACGGUGCACCUGGCCACCAGCGGCACCCUGGACCACGUCGACGCCCUCGUCGUCGCCUCGGGCUGGAAACCGGGGCCGGAGAUCGAAUUCCGCCCCGCGGCUACGCUGCCGCGCGACCUGGGCUUCCCCAACGCCCCCGACGCGCUCCCGGCAUCCCUCGUCGCAGCCGCCGACCAGGAGAUCCUCGCGCGAUUCCCGCGCCUCGCCACGCAGCCCGUCCACGCCUCCCCGGCGCCGUAUGCCGCGAUCGCGCCGGACGCGCAGACCGGGUCGCAAGCGCGGCACCCCUACCGGCUCGCGCGCUUCCUGGUGCCGCCCACGCCGCUCGGCGCGUCGCGCACCGUGGCCUUCAUGGGCGUCGCCAUGACCAUCAACACGGCCCUCGUCGUGCAGACCCAGGCCCUCUGGAUUGCGGCUUACUUUGCCCAUCGCCUGCCGCUGCUGCCGCACGAGCCCUGUCCGCCGGACCUGAGGGCGAUGCUGCACAAGACGGCCCAUGUCUCGCCCGGCAUGGGCGCCGACCUCCUCUGGGAGACCGCCCUGCACUCGCAGUUCGGCGUCCAUCGCUACCCGGGGGGGCUAGGCCGCCGCAACCCGGACUUUGUCUUCGAUGUGAUCCCUUACGUCGAUCUCCUGCUGCGGGAUCUGGGGGUGCGCCGGGCCCGGAAGCAGGGCAUGAAGCAGUGGUUCGAGCCGCAUGGCAUGGAGGAUUACGGGGGGGUAGUCGAGGAGUGGAUGAGUGGGAAUUAG